AUGCCUCACGACAACCAAACUUCUCUUUGGUCAGGAGCUGGUAGUGGAGCUCCAUUGUGGAGUACGUCAAACAAUGAAGGUACCGAAGAUGGGGGUGAAUAUGGUGCAAGUGAAACGGAAGAGGAGGAUCCCAUGGAAACCGACGAAAGUUUGUUCCUUGAAGAUGAAGAUGAUGUUCCUGAACAUGUCGCACACGCUGUCUACGAGAAAGAUGUGCAAUAUCUUGAAAUGCUUAAGAAUCAUGCACUUCAAUACGUCCCAGUUGAGAUUGUGAGGAUACCGUACCAUACGUCUACACACAACGGUUUUGAUUGGGUGAUGUCAGUCUUAACUUGCCCAAAUGCUAGAAGGUGUCCUGAGAACUUCUCCAUGACAAGCGAAGUUUUCGUGAAGCUAUGCGAGGAAUUGGUUUUCAAAUACGGCUUCCACACAAUACGAAGACAUGCAAUCGGAAUUUUUGAGAGCCUCACAAUGUUUUUAUGCAUAUUGCGUGGAUGCUCCAUAAAACUCGUGGGGGAGUUAUUAAACCAUGGGCAGGCUACCUGUUCAAGGCAAAUCAAUAAAGUAUUGGUUUGUGUGACGCGUAUGGCCAAAGAAGAGAUUCAACCGCGCGAUAAUCACCCACAUUCUUACUUGUCACAUAGACCUCAGUAUAGACAUUUCAUGGAUUGCAUUGGGGCGAUGGAUGGUACGCAUGUAUUUUGCAACCCGCCGCCGAAAGAUGCCACAAAAUAUUUUGGUCGCAAGGGUGGCCACACGAUGAACAUAAUAGCCAUUUGCGAUUUUGAUAUUUGGGGUGUGGAAAAGUCGGUGGAGAAUGAUGAAGGAGAGCUCAACUUAUCCACUUCGCAUUCAUAAGCUGUUUGUUAUUGCUUCCAUGGCAAUACACAACUACAUUAUACGGAAUUCUAUACACGAUGACGAAUUGGAAGAAGCGAUCUGGACGGACGAGAGGUACGUGUUCCAGGAUCUGCCAGACAUUGAUCCCACGUAUGCGGCGCAGGAGGACACUGAAGGUUACCUAUAUCCUCAGUCUGCAAAUACUUUGGACAUGGAAGUCGUGCGGCACGGCAUAAUGACA